AUGGGCAGUGAACUGCUCGCAGCAAUGGUUGCCCCACCGGCGGAGCCUCCGUUGAUCCCAUCCACGAUCACUACCACCACUACCACCGGCAACGGAACAACCACCAGAACCAUCACAACAAUCACCACCACCACAUGCUCCUCCUCUGCCGCCGAUGGCACCACUACCACUACCACCACGACCACCACCACCACCACAGCAACAACCAUCACAACCACCUCCAAUGCCACAACCAUAUCAUCCCUCUGUGAUGAUGAUCUUCGCGAGAUCUUCCUCCGCCUCCCGAACCUCCCGGCUCUCAUCCGUGCGGCGCUCACCUGCCGCUCCUGGCUCGGAGCCAUCCGCUCUUCCUCAUCCUUCCGCCGCCUGUUCCGCGCCUUCCACCCGGCGCCCCUCAUCGGGCUCUUCCUUGAAAUUGACGAUGCUACCACCCCCUCAUUCGUCCCUCUGCGCCGGUCAGAUCCCGACGUCACCGCUGCCCUCCGCCGCGGGGACUUCUACCUCACUUCCCUUCCACUCAAGGCUGGCGCAUUCUCGGGUUGGAGUAUCACCGACUGCCGUGAUGGAUACAUCCUCCUAUGGAACAUGCUCGAUAAGCCGUCCGUCGCCGCCGUGAACCCCAUGACCUGGGCUGUGGACGUCAUCCCGUUGCCUGACGGUGUCAAGGCCGGGAGGCGCCGCAAUUUUGCCUACCUUGGCUUCCACCUGCUGUGUUCUGAUGAGAACCCCUGGUCGUUCCGUGUGGUCUGCGUCUGCUCGGAUCAGCGAAGGAUCCGUGUCGCUAUCUUCUCGUCGGAGACAUGGGAUUGGGUCGUCCACCCGUGGAUGCACACUGGUGGUGACUGCAGCCUAAAGUUCGAUGCUGGAAUGGUGGUGGAUGGUUCUGUUUACUGGCCUUACCAUGGCCAAGGACGAAUGAUAAAGAUCAACGCAGCGACCAUGGUUAUCACCACUGUGGAGCUACCCUGGCAGGUGAAGGUGGAGGGGUACAAUUUCAUGGCCGAGGAGACUAAGGAUGGACGGUUAUGCAUUGUCUAUGAAUCUGGUUUCUUCCUACAUGUUUGGAUCCGUGGUGUGGACGGUUAUGGACUUGAUAAUUGGGUGCUGCAUAACAUGAUACCUUUGAGCGAAGAAAUCGAUGAGAUCACUCAGGGGUUUGCUCUGGAGCUGCAGGGUGACCUCAAAGUUGUGCAGGUCAGGUCUGGAUACGUCUACUUGUCCACGACAUGCACGACCCCUGCCGGCACGCUCCACUGCUGGUUCUUCUCCCUGUCAUUGGACACCCUGGUGCUUGAGUUGCUCGUGGAGGGGAAAUUUAAUGGCUGUGCGCAUCCGUAUAAUAUGGCCUGGCCUCCUUCUUUGGUUGGUGAUGAUGGGAGCGCAGGGCAUGAAGUUGAAGCUUCUCACUGA